AUGAGCAGUACAAAGCCAUUGACAAGCAAUAUGAGGCUUAUGAUGAGCAACAUGAGGCCUAUGAUGAGCAAUAUCUAUGACAAGCAGCAUAAGGUCAUUGAUGGGAAGUGUGAGGUCAUGAAAAGGCAGCACAAGAACAUUGUUAAGCAGCUCGAGGCCAUCAACAAGGAGUUGAGAUCAUGGAAAAGCAGUUGCAAGGCCAUCGGCAGGGAGCAUAAGGUCAUUAGCAGGGAGCACAAGAUGAUCAGCAAGCAGCUCAAGGCCUUUGACAGGAAGUGCAAGGUCUUUGACAGAAAUUACAAUACCUUCUACAAGCAGUGUGAGGCCAUGAAUAGGCAGCAUGAGAACAUCAAUGAGCAGCUUGAGGCCUUCAAUAAGGAUCUUAAGGUCAUAAAAAAGCAGCAUGAGGAUGCUGACAAGCUGCUCAAAAUAUUUGACAAGCUGCUUGAAACCUCUGACAGGCAAUGCAAGGCCUUCAGCAGGCAGUGCAAGGCCUUUAACAAGAAGCUUGAGGCCUUCAACAGGGAUCACAAGGCCAUCAACAAGCAGUGCAAAGUUAUCACUGUGAAUGGUUGA